UGUGUCUCUCGUUCUGCGAAGGAGGGUCCGCUCGAGACCGGAAAGAUGGGAUUGUGGAGCGAGAGAUUCUGGCUGCCCUACAACGAGACCUGGGAGAACGUGCCAUCCAAAUAUGGGUUCGCGUACCCGGGUAGCCGGGACUUCCUUCCUGCCAUCCCCAUCGCGGUGGCAUUUCUUGCAGUCAGAUUCCUCCUGGAAAGAUUCGUGUUCACGCCGAUCGGGAGGUUGGGGGGACUCAAGGGGAUCGCACGAUGGAGGGUCCAGCCGGGAUCGGUCGACGGGGGGCCGUCGAGUCCACAGCCGAGUCCACAGCCGAGUCCUCAGCCGAAUCCUCGAUCCGAGGAUUUCGCGGUCUGUCGGCACACCAAGCUCGCCAAGUUCAACGAAUGCUGCGUGAAGUGCGUGUUCUACGUGAGUCUCUUCUUCGCGGGAACGUGGGUCAUGUGGGGUAAGAAGUGGCUCUGGGAACCAAGUCUCUGCUGGGAUCAAUACCCUUUCCAUGAAAUUCCCAAGGACGUCCGAUGGUAUUACCUGGUGGAAAUGGGUCUGUACGUCUCCCUGCUGGUGGCCCAGGGAUUCGACACGAAGAGAAAAGAUUUCUGGAUCGAAUUCACCCAUCACAUCCUCACGCUGGGGCUCCUGAGUCUCUCUUUCCUCUGCGGGGCGACGCGGUGUGGGGCCAUCGUCAUCUUGCUUCACGAUGCGGCCGAUGGGCCCCUGCUGGCGGGGAAGGCGUGGAAAUACUUGGAAAAGGAGAGGAUGGCGCUGGUGUCCUUCGUCCUCUUCGUCCUCAUCUGGAUCUCCUCCAGGCUCAUCCUCUACCCGGCCCUCAUCAUCGUCCCGGCGAUGGUGGCUUAUUGGGAACACAUGGAUCUGACGGCGACCGGUCACGGAGGCAUCAUCUUCUUCAUCUCUCUCCUCUGGGGGCUUCUAUUCAUCCAGCUCUAUUGGACCUAUUGCAUCGGGGCCGUCAUUCAUCGAAUGCUCAGUAGCUCCGAAGCGAAGGACGUGAGGAGCGACACGGAGGAGGAAACGGACGACGAGGACGGAGGCCAAGAGAAGAAGGAACUCUAGCCGCCAACUGAUUCUCUCGUACGAAAUGAAGCGGAA